AACGGGUGUGCUUAAAGUUGUCGAGUUCUGUGUUUAACCUUCUGGAAACUUUGGUUUUCUGUUACAAAUACCAAUGCAUUGACAUAGAUGCACCUUGUGUAUAGGACGAAAUCGAAUAUCCGCCUAAAAGAAAAGAAUGAAGUACUCUUGGUUUGAAUGAGGUACAUUAAGUACCCGUCUGAAUUGCUGGGUGAUCGUUAUGCUUAAUAUUGGAGGUGGUCGAUUAGCAGAGUAACUAAAUGAUUAUAUGGAUGCAUGGAGCCCUUUAAUAAGAUGGUAUCAAAUGGUCUCAGUUUAUAGCGCUGCAGUAUGCUCUACAUGCGCUCGAUUGGAUGGGUAUCAAUUCAUUGAAAAUUGUAUGGAGUGAAGGAUGCUUUUUACUGAUUUCAGUCAAAACACAUCGAUUUCAGUAAAACAGGCGUGCUCGUGAGGGUCCGUUUCUUAAUACUAGUUUUGGUGAAAGCACAGUGAGAAUUUGUGUGAAUUAUAAUCGGAUUAGUUGUGUAACGUGGCCUUUUUACCAAAUGCUUUGUUGCAAAGCUUAGAAGAACGAGGUAUUACGGGAGUGCAGUACGCCGUUCUUAUUUCUCUACCCUAACCUUGUAGCCAAGGGAAGUUUCAAUGAUGGGGAAUCACGAAAACUGUUUUUUACUUUAAUUUAAUUCCAUCUCCAAUUUUAUUGUACGUUGAAAAGUGUGUCCAUGUCUGCCAGGCGAGAAUUAACUCAUCGAGAAAAAACAAGCCUACCCCAAAUUAACGGGGGUGGGAUGAUGUUUUCUCCAGCACUUGUGUCGGAGCUGACGGACAUAUUUCCACUGAUUGGGAUUAAUAGAAUUGAUAUCAGGUUCAGUGAAAAGAAAAUAGAACGCUCUGGACGUCAUUUUACAGUUAUAAAGAAACGAGUUGAUCCAAUCACAGAUGACAGAAAUAUGGAUACCAGUAGUGACGGGUUUGACUUGCCGGAAGACGCCAUAGAUAAGGUUGCGCGAGCCAAUUCCGUUAGGACGGACUCUGCCCAGAUUCUUCCAGAGGUUCGCGCCUCACCAUGUGCUAUUCAUUUCAAAAAGGACAAAAAGAGUGACCUAUUGUUUUACAAUAAUUAUCAAACUGGACAACACUCCCCAAGUGCCGUUAGGAAAUCAUUCUCAAAAAAUUCAUUUACAAGAGACGGUCGGAAGUUACGUGGAUCUGACAAUAUUCACCCAGAUCGCCGGCAACCACCGGCUUUGAUGAAUACCCUUCCAAGGGGUAUGCCUUCCAAAGAGUUCGUUAUGACUUGGUUAAUGCAUGGGUCAGAACCAGGAGGGAAAAGUCAUUUCCCGGAUAUUGUGAUUCCAGAUGGCAGGCCAAAAAAGUCCAAGGGACGAGAUUCCGUGCGGAAAUCUACCAUCAGUGAAUAGUUGAGUUUUACUACGAUUUAAACAACCAAGAUUUUGUUUCUAGUCAAUAUUCACUAUGGUGUGUUGUCCUUUUGGCCUCUACAAUGAAUCGAUUAGCGCAUUUUGUGUAUGACUAUGGGAUUUGUGAUCUAACGGGAGGUGAACGACACACUAUGGGCAUCUACUGUAUUGAACAGGUGCACGGAUCAUAAAUCUUCUUUAAAUGCCUUGGCAUUACUAAGAUGCAUUUACCCUUGUAUUUAUGCUAAUCAUUUGUCAUUCGUCUUUAUAAAAGACAGCUGUAAGAUUACAGUGAUUAAAAUGAUUAAUAUUUAUACCUACCUUGUAAGCCAAUAUUUUUCAUAUGAAUACUUGUGGUACGCCUUACUAAGAAUGGCGAAUCAAAGUAUUAAGUUGUGAAAGGAUGAUUUUGAUUUUUGUACGUGCGCUACUUUUGUCUUUCCCUAGAAACUAUUCAAGAAGGAGAGUGCUCUAAUAGACAUCUCUAAUAUGAUUAUAUGACUUAAUUAAUUAAUAGUUCUAAUGUCAUAUUUAAUCGUGCUAGAAUUAAAUUUCGCAUUAAUUGUGAAAUGUUUCCUAAUAUGAUAUGCAUGAAUAUAUUAAUAUCAUUUAAUACUGUUUUAUCAUGUUGCCAUAUCAUUGUUUACAUUACAAGAAAAUAUGAAAAUAG